AUGGUGGAUUCUAUAAAAUCUACAAACUCGGGGUCUCGAGUGCGCAAGUUCACCAAAUCCUGCUCUCGGUGCAGAUCAUCAAAGCUCAAAUGUGACAGGAAAGAACCAUGUGUAUGUAAUGACAUCCUCUUAAUGAUGAUCGACGCUGAUGUUUAUCAGAUCGAAUGUACGAAACGUGAUAUGGGCCACCUUUGUACUAAAGAUGAACGUCAUCCAAGAGCCAAAAGGGCGAAUACGGGCCCAAGUCAUAAUAUGACUAGAUCGAAAUCUCCCAUGUCAGAGACAACAGUUUCAGAGGACACUGCACAAAUUCUGGAGGAUUUUAUCGAGGGAGCAUCUCGUUCCAAUAUCUUGUCUUCAGCCUCUGGAUCAACUUUAUCAACUCCGGCUCCCGAUUACCCUAACCUUUACUGGGAGACCGCAGAGUCUCGGUUGCAAAAUGAAAGGGUCUCAUUGAUAAGAGAGAUCACUAAUGCAAUCCCGGACUCGGAAAUGGCUCAUCACCUCUAUGAUGUCUUUGCAACUCGCUGUCAGGGUCCCCUGGGCAAUACCUUUCACACACCCACAUUCCUGAAGCAUGCUGACAGGGUGUGUGGAUAUGUCACCUCUGCAUCGUUCGACUUACAUUCUUUCGCCAGUUCUUUCUCCAUGGAGAGUCUAGCUUGUUUCCUCAUGGCGCUUGUGCUCGGUCUCGCUUUUCAUCCCAAGCCAAAUAUCCUCGGAUGGUCCUCCACAGAUAUGAACGAGCGUGUAGAGAUUCUUCGGUCCUCGAAUUCUUAUUCUUCGAUAUGGAGAUCCCUUGCGUUGCGUUGUCUACGAGGGCGAAUGGGAAUAUUCUGUGCAUCGAUCGCUAGUUUACAAGCAGCCCUCAUGCUUCUACUAGAUGGGCAAAAUGAUAGCUUGGAGCUCGACUCUCUCUUGGUCACUGCAGUCUCGGGUGCUCAGAAGCUAGGUUUGCAUCAGCUGGGAGACGUGAAAUUGGAUUCCUUGACGACCUCUUCUGGUGAUGUUGAUGUGCCUGUGCAUAUCCGAACAGAACUCGGCAUCCGCAUCUGGUGGGCCCUCGUCCUGCGAGAUUGGUCCCGGGGGCAUGUGCUGGGAUACUAUACAAUUCAUCCCUCGCAGUUUAAUACUCGCAGGCCGCUGCAUAUUAAUGACGAGGAUCUUAAUCUAGAGGGAUUUGAUAAUCACGGAUCCAUCACAGAACGGCCCCGAUCUGAAUUCACCAUGCUCUCCUACACAAUAUACGCCCUCGAGAUCGCUGCUUUGGUACGGGAGUCCGUUGACCUUCGCAAUCCUUCGUCUCAAGCACCACACGAAAAGGCCGUGGCUACUAAUCCGAAGAUUGAACUCACCAAGGAAUACGAAAAGUUGUUGAUGGCACUACCAUCACACUUCAGACCUGGAAGUGUAGUUGGCCUCACGUCAACGGGUCCCUUGGCAGCGGUACCGGUGCAGCAAUGGAUGUUACAACAACAACUCUGGAGCUUAUUUCUACGGCUUUACCGGGGAAAGAUGACUCGCACCAGUCGUGCCACUUGUCAAAUCCUCGCACAGAAUAUCAUUAGCAGCAGUACUCAGAUUCAAACCCGGUGCACUGUAUGUGGCAGCUUAUCGAUAAACGACAUUCAACUCUUCAAUGCUGCUGCUGUGCUUCUCAUUGAUCUGCUUUAUACGACCAAGCCUGAAGGUCCAGAUGGAACAGAUGGAGAUCUGAGUCGAGUAAUGAUCAAGGACAAGAUCAAUGAGGCCGUUGAAAUACUGAAAUCAAGAUCUGAACCUGAAAAGUCCCAGACGCUGGAAGAAGCUCUAUCAUGGGGGUUCAAUUCGUCUACACAACGAAGUAUCUUUGUGUUAGACGCCUUGAUGAAGUUUGUUGAGGAUUUUAGUGGUCAUGAAUAUGGGGAGUUGGAAACAAGGGAGUUUCUCAAAAGCAAGGUGACUGGUCUUCUACCCACUUUCUUGGAGAGCAGCCACACGAUCUCUCCCGGGAGUGGCUUGGACUUUGCCAAUUCCAUCAACACAUUUUUGUCUCUUCCUAAUACCCCCGAUGAUACUUUUGGUGAUUUGGAUGUCCUCCCUAUGCUCUCCAACGACCCUGACUACGAUCUCUGGCAGUUCUUGGACUUUACUCCUGAUUUCCAAUCUUGA